UUACCACACUGUGGUUGGGAGCCUGUGAGAUAACCUCGAAUGGUGCUGUUUUAUGGUUUGGUGCAUGUACGUAGGUUAUGUAGUGUUUUUGGGAACAUAACUUCUUUAGCUUGAUUUACAUACUGUUGGAAAACGUUUAAAUAUUAGAGAAGAUUGUCGCAAAUUAGAUUAAGAUAAUAAGAGAAUAUGUUGCCUUUCAAUCUUGGGACACCUGCAACAUCUAGCAAUACAAGCUUCGGAUUUGGACAGAAACCAGCAACAGGCUUUAAUUUAACUAGCACACCUUUUGGUACCACUACAUCAGCACCAUCAUUAACUUUUGGAUCUUCUUCGACACCAUCAACAACUACUAGUCUUAAUUUCGGAUUUAGUAGCACUCCUGUAGUGUCAACACAAACGCAGUCGAGUAGUUUAGCAUUGGGAGCUAAUACAAGCACUACAACUACUAGUAAUAGUUUAUUUCCAACAACAACUACAUCUGCACCGUUGUUCAGUGGACUCAAUUUUGGCACACCUGUGACAAGCAAUAAUCUUUCAUUUGGUGUUACAUCUAAUAUACCAUCUACAGGAAACACUACUUUUUCUGCUCCUUCCAGUACAACAUCGCUUUUUGGUGGAUCUGUCAUCGGCGAUGGUCUAUUAGGAUCAAAAACAGUUACCAGUACGACAACUGCUACAAAUAAAGGCUUGGGAGGCUUAGAUGUUUCUGCUAGCAAUAAAGGUCUUUCACAAGGGAACAGUAAUUCAACAACCUAUAAGGAGAAUGUUUGGCCCCCGGAAUUAAUACAAACAAUAGAAAAAUUCAAAGAAUUUGUAAAAGAACAGAAGGUGUUAUCUUCAGAUAUAGCUAGAGGUUCUGUGAGACCAUUGCACAGAUGUGCAGAAGACACAGCAUUGUUGAUGGAAAUCUUAACUACAUUAGCAGGUUCUGUCCAGCGAGAUCGUUCUGCAGCUGACAAGUUAAAGCAGGAUACAGCAAAAUCAUUACAGAAUGCUGAAAUUGCACAAAGAACACACGAUACUCCACCAGGAUUGCAAUAUGAAAAUAAUGCACCAUUAUUAUUCUUCAUGGAAUUAGCAGAUAAUUUUGAGCAUGACUUAAUGCUAUUUAGAUCUCAAAUUGAAUCAACAGAAAAACAUAUACAAACAAUGAUGACACCAAAAACUCUAACACCCCAAGAAUUAACAAUGGCUAUGAGUAAACUUCACGAGUCCCUAGUAGCUGUUGCUGGUAAAUUACAAGGAGUACAUUCAAAAGUACAACAGCACAAAGAACAAUAUCUUAAUUUUAGGAAAUAUGUACUAAAAGACAAUACAAAUGUUUUUGAAGAUAUUAAAGUAGAUGGAAAAGCAUCUCGAAGUAAUAUUGGAAAAAUUACAAGUGGCCCAACUCCAUUUGGACCAGGAAAUAAAAGUUUUCUCUCGUCAACGGCAUUAAGUUCUAACAGAUCAGGAAGUUAUGAAACACGAAAUCUAUUAGUUUGGAGAAAUACAAUACCAUCAUCGUCUGCUACUAACAUUAAUCUAGGCCCAUCAUUGAAACCGCCAACUGCAAGUUUGACUUUUAAUACCCCAACAAACCUUACUGCACCUUUGUCAGCAAGUGAAUCAAGUUCGAGUUUCCAACUUCAAAAACCUCCUAUUGGUAAAUAUUCUACCUAAUUCUGGUCAUACUUAUACGCGACCAACCUAGUUCUAGCAGCGGGAAAGCUACUCGCGUGCCGUGGCCACCUAGCAUUCAUGCCGGGAGGCUCCACCAGUGGUUGUAACAGGUUAAAUGUCUCGAAAUAUAUUAUAGAUAUUAUUACACGGUACAGAUAAUUUCAUAUGUUUUAAAGAAAUACCGAUAGUGUAUUGAAUGCAUUAAUAAGCAUGUUAUAAAUAACAGAUUAUAAUAUUAAAGUUUAAAAGUGCGAUCGGGAACGACUGUAUUACCGAUAGUCGAGGUCGAUUGUAACAUUUUACACGCUUCCAAUUGUUUAUUAAUAACUUGAACAUUUCUUAAUGCAUAACAAUACUGCUUUAAUUGAAUAAUUUCAGAGAAGUAUAUUUGUUAUUACAGUUUCAGUUGGUAAAAGUAUUUCAUGUCGAGACAACUCAUUAUUAUUGUUAGCUUUGCAACUUACCCACGUAGAAAUAUUCAUUUGGAAAAUCAGAUGAGCACAUGAAUUUAUUAACAAUGUGAAUAUAAUUAUAGUUUAACAAUAAUAUCGAAUAUUUAAUACGUA